AUGGCGGGCAUGCACUUCCUCGCGGGCAUCUGCACCAAGGACUACGUGGUCCUCGCGUGCGACAAGGCCAGCUUCGCCUACGGCGCCGUCGUCGUCGACAACGACAGCGACAAGGAGUUCCGCAUCGGCACCAAGUCGACGAUGAUGUGCAUUGGAGAGGACGGGGACGUCGACCAGUUUGGUGACUGGACCCUGCGCAACAUGAGGCUGUACAGUUUGAGAAAUGGAUACGAGCUGUCGCCGCGGCCCGCAUUCCACUGGAUCCGCAAGUCGAUCGCCGACUCGCUGCGCUCCCGCGACCACUACACGGUGGAUGUGCUGAUCGGCGGCUACGACGACAGCGAGAAGCGCGCCCUGCUCGGCUCGAUCGACUACCUCGGCAACGGCGUGAUGGGACAACCCUACCUCUUCCGCGGCUUUCCCGGCAGAUUCUCGUACGCCAUCAUGGACCGUGAAUACCGCGCUGAUAUGAACACAGAAGCUGGCGUGGCCCUUCUGAAGAAGUGCCUACAAGAGGCGAAGAAGCGCUUUGUCGCCAACCUCUCCGGCUACCACCUCGUACUCAUCGACAAGGACGGCUACAAGAAACUCGAUGAUGUCACAAUGAGGUAUGUGGUUGUCGGAGGUGGCGUUGCGGGCGUCUCCUGCGUCCGGGCGCUACGCCAAUACCUAGACGAUGAACACGAGGUCGGCCAAUUCACCGAGUUGUUCGACGUGAAGGAGGUCGGGUUGUCGUUCGUUGGCGAGCGGAUCAGCGUCGUUGAGGGAGCCGUGAUCGCGUGGAGCUAUGAAAACAAGGACCUAGAACUGAGCGACGGCUCCCAUGUGCCAUUCGACUAUUUGGUAAUUGCGACGGGCGCCCGGCCAAAGAAUCCCUACCCAGAAGUCGGCCGGUUACUGACGAUACGAGACACGGAAACGGCCCGCCAACUCGAGCAGCGGCUGGCCGGCGCGAAACGAGUGGCCGUAGUUGGCAAUGGGGGAAUUGCCACGGAAAUUAUUUUCGAGCUCCGCGACGUCGACAUCACGUGGUGCAUACGCGACGCGCACAUCUCGGCAGCGUACUUUGACGCAGAAACGGCGGCGUUUCUGUAUGGACGUGCGGAGAAGGGACGAGAAGCCGGUGACAAGAAUGACGAGCCUGUUCGUCGCCCGAAAUUCUGCGAUUCCGAGGCGGGCCCUUCGACGUCGUCCAGCGCACCGGGUUGCGCGCUUGGGCCCGAUUGGAGCACGGUGGUGCAGCUGAAGGGUGCUGCGGCGGGUCACAACAUCCGCGUGGUGCCCAGCGUCGAGGUGACGGCCGUAGAGGAGAAGCCCGACUCCCUGGUUUUGAGGCUAUCAAACGGUGAGGCGAUAGAGGUCGACAUGGCAAUAUGGGCGACGGGGGUCACGCCGAACAGCGAGCUGUGGGGACAUCCUGGGUUGAAACUGGCUGAGGAUGGCGGGAUCCUGGUGGACGAGACGAUGGCCACUUCCCUACCCGGCAUCUGGGCAUGCGGCGAUGUUUGUACGGCCGGCUGGGUGCCGAGCCGCCAUUGGAGUCAGAUUCGCACGUGGACGCAAGCGCGCCAAAUGGGCGAUUGCGCAGGCCAAUCCUGUUCCGGGGCCACCGACCUCGGCGGCUUCUGCUUCGAGCUGUUCGCGCAUUGCACGACGUUUUACGGGUAUAAGAUUGUCCUGCUCGGCGACUUCCAGGCCAAGAAUCAGCCGCCAGGAUGGUACAUUAAUGAAAGAAUUAUCACGGAUGGUCAGUUGGUGCGCUGCGUAAUGCACGACCACCGGAUGCAGGGAGCGGUGCUGAUCGGGGAGACCGAGCUCGAGGAGGUGUUCGAGAACCUCAUCCUCAACCAGACGGACAUGGAGGACAUCGAGGACGACUUCCUUGAGCCGGCCAUCGACUUGGAGGACUAUUUCGAC